GGUUACAGGUUCCUAACUUUUUUACGAAUAUAACCUUAUUCUGCUAAUCAGAAAAAUGAAUCUUCGGUUUUUUAAUCUUAAGGGCGAAUAAAUAGGGUACAUUUUCAUUUUGGAUGAACCAUCCCUUUAAUUUUCGUAAUCAAAUCAGAUGCUCACUGAUUCAGUUUGAUUCAUUCGAACUGUUUUUACAAACCGACUCGGCCAAUGUAUUGAAAAGAUUCGACUCCCAAGAACAAUUCGUCCACGAAUCGGACAUCGCUAAGAAGCAUUUAAACGAAACCCACGGCGAGAGAUGAGUUACGACAAAUCUCCGACAUGUUAUCGUUGAGUUAAAAUGGUUUCUGUGACUUUAUUACAGUCAAGCGAAGUGACACAGGAAGUAGUUGAUCUAAAAUGGGAGACGAUCGACCUUUUGUCUGCACUGCCCCAGGUUGUGGACAGAGGUUCACCAAUGAGGACCAUCUGGCAGUGCAUAAACAUAAGCAUGAGAUGACACUGAAGUUUGGACAAGCCAGAACAGACACCGUUAUCAUUGCAGAUCAAACACCCACUCCCACCCGAUUUCUUAAAAAUUGUGAGGAGGUGGGUUUGUUCAGUGAGCUGGCUGGUUCCUUUGAGCAAGAUCUUCGAAAAACGCAUGAGGAGGAGGAGAGGAGAAUUAAGGGCACGCAUCCAGCUCUACAGACACCUACUGAGGUCAAAGAGAGGGAGGGGCCUCUUGAAAUUGACUCCUCCCCUCCUGACAGCCCUGACUCCGCCUCCAGCAUGACAAACAGCAAAGAUGCAGUUGCCAUGGCAAAGGAGGCUAUUGCCAUGAGAAAAGCCAAGGAUGUUCCUCCACGAACUGCAGCAAGUUCCACCCCUACACCAACCAUAGUGCGUCCAGGCUCGCUCCCACUUCACCAGGGAUUCGACUCCAUGAACCCAACUCAGCCUUCUCCCACCUCUGUUAUUACCAGAACCCCUCCAUCAAACAGACUCAGCUCGCCGUCUGGUUCUUUUCCUAUGCUGAUGCAGCUUCCCAAUGGUCAGACGGUUCCUCUGCUGCCCAGUCCGGGGCAGACGUCAGUCAUAUCGCUUGCCAGAUCAUCAAACACAGUGCCCAAUAUCCCAGGGAUUCCAGGCCCUCCUAUUGGCGGAAGCAGCAGCGGCUCCUCCUCUCCGUCUGGAUACAGUACACACUCUGAUGCCAAGACGAGGCUAAAAGCAGCACUAUCUCAGCAGAGUCCUAGUGGACCAGCACCAAUUCAAAAAACUGAUCACACUGAGACACCAUCACCUGCUCAACCACAGGUAUCUCCCGCUCCUCCAAAAGGUGGACGUAGACGACGCGGGGCUGAUAUUGAACCGGAUGAACGCCGGCGCCGCUUUCUUGAACGAAACAGAGCUGCUGCUUCUCGUUGCCGGCAGAAGCGGAAAGUGUGGGUCAGUGCUCUGGAGAAGCGUGCGGAGGAGCUGGCUAAUGCUAAUGUCUCGCUUACUGGUGAAGUUUCACUGUUGAGGACUGAGGUAACACGUCUGAAGGAGCUGCUGUUGGCCCAUAAGGACUGUCCUGUUACAGCCAUGCAGAAAAAAGCAUAUCUUGCUGCAGGAGUGGAUGAGAGUUCAGUGUCUGCAUUGGUGAUGCCCGUGACCGUACCGGCUCCAGUCUCUGUGAACGGUCUGAGUGUGCGCGCAGCCGAGGCUGUUGCAGUUUUAGCAGGAAUGGGUUCAGGCCAGUGGAGUAACUCUGCCGGAGACGCUUCCUCCCAAUCACAGCCCACAUCCAGAUGAUGAGCACGUCCUACAGCCAAUACGAACUAAAUAUACUUUGAGUCAUUCAAAGGAGCGAUGCCCCCCCCCCCCCCCCCCCC